AUGGAUAAUGGUGGUAUUCAUUGGCGACCCGGAAACAGGACGCUUUUUGACGGCUUACCACAACAAGCACUUGGCAAGAAGAUAUGGAGGACGACCGUGGCCCAGCACGUGAAUGAAAUUCCGUGGAACCAGGCGCUUCCGGCGCGUGUCGAGUACGACCCAAAAGGGCAAAUUUUGCGUAUUGAGAACGGACAGUCCAGCCAAGUCGGUGAGGAAAUCGCCGAGGACGUCAUCGUCCACUAUGACAAGGAUGACGACCAUGCUCCGUCUUCAGCGGUGGCCAUUCGUAUCGACCGGGCCGAACACGUGCUCAAGCCCUUCGUCGAUGCCAUUCUGGCCAAAUACGGCGUGAAACCUGUACAGUCCCCAGCGGCCAACGAAACGUCGGAUUGA